AUUGCACUCGGACCUCCGAUCGGAAGUACCUAUGUUGAAAGUAGCAUUUUUCCUUAUCGGUGUACUCUUGUCCUGGGCAGAGCCCAGUUCCGUGAGCCUGACUCGCGUCCAGUGCGAGAAGAACUCCAAAUUCUUCAGAACCAUGAACGUCACGUCUGUGAACAGCACAAUCUUCGCGGAUAUCGAGCUGGUCCAGGCCCUAAAGGCCGGCUUCCGAGGUCACGUUGACGUGCAGCUGCGUCUCAGCAAUGCCAAGAAGUUCCAGAGCCUGGUCCAGACCGACACCGACUACUGUGAGCUGCUCUCGACCCUCAAGGACUCGCUCUUCCGGCGGUGGAUCAAGAGCGUAACCAAGAACAGCAACUUCAUGGAGAACUGCCCGGUUCCGGAGGGGCACUACUACCUCAAGGGCUGGCACGUCGACAUGGGUCUGGUGCCCUCCUAUCUGCUGAGCGGCGACUACCGCCUGAGGGCCUUGGUCUACUACGGGAAGUACCGCACCAAGAAGCAGCUGUUUCUCGUCCAGUGCAUGGUGGAGGCAACAGUGCAUAUCAAAUAGUUAAGAGUCUAACCUGAUUUGUGCGAGUGUAAUCGUUUGACCGAAUAAUCAACCUACCGCGCAACUUGAACCGAACAACAAGCCCAUUAAAUGGCUUUAAUUGCUAUAUACAAAAAUCGGU